CUGGCGCUCCCUCGAUCCCUCCCGCCAUUAAAGCUGAGCCGAGUACGGACCGAAGCAUCUCUUCUUUUUGACCGCAGUGCAGCAUCCGAGUUGGAGCGCAGAAGGAAGUAUUCAAGCUCCAAUCUCCGCCUUGUGAUCUCUCUGUAGGAGAAAGAGAGUAGAACCAAAGAGCUGCAACAAUGGCGGAAAAUGCGAAGAAAAGGAGGCUCUGAACACGGACUGGCUCGAAGAAUCUCCCAACUUGACUCCGAGGCCUCGGCAACCAGCGGCAUUUGAGAGCGGACCCAAGAUCGCUUCCGAGAACUUUGAAAUCCGGCGUCUUUGCAGUCCAUCCGAGCUCGGAGGAGGCCAAAACCCCAAAGUACUGCGGUUUUCUCCGGUUCGGUUGGUUCCAGGGCGGGAGCGAGAAAAGCAAGAGGAAGCGAGAAGGGAAAGGAAAGUAUUAUAUUAGAGCAAGAGGAAGCAAGUUUUUUUUUAAUAAUUGCAGCGUAUUGCAGCGUAUCUGGAGAUAUCUAAUGAAUUGUAUUCAGCUGGUUGCCUGCUUCGGAAAAGGGCGAUGUCUCGAAUAUUUGCUCCCCUCCAUGCGCUGCAAUCCCAUGAGGAAAGAGUUUGAGAGAGAGAUUUCUCUGCUAUAUUCUCUCUUUCGUCGCACCCCCUCGGCUUCGCUCGCUUGGUCUUUUUUUUAAUCCGAGAGCAGGAGAGCGUGCUCUGGUUUUGUCCCCAAUCCCCAACGGCAGCGCGGUUCCCAACCGGACAUGCCCGAGAUCGGCCGAGUUUUUUAUUCCAAGGGAGAGAAGAGAAGAACGGGGGUGUCUCAUUCCCUUCUCUUCUUUUGAGAAGGCCUCAGACCACGCCUUCGAACUAGGAUUGUUGUGGUAGCAGUAACAGGAGCAUAGAAUGCUACAGGUCUCCCCUUGGUGCAGUGCAAAGGAGUGAAGGCUCUUAAAAGUUGGGAUUUUCUGUGGAGCGAGGUUGGUUUGAGAGGAAGGAGGAAGAGAGUGAAGCUGGGAUUGGGUUGACAUGGUUGCGGGAAUGGCGGCGGCUGGGGGGAGGAGGAGGUGGUGGCUGAACCGGACGGCGAUGGUGGUGGUGUGGGUUGUGGUGUCGGUGGGGAUCUGGGUGGGGCUCCAUUGGUAUAUCCGGACGGUGAGCAUGAGGAAGGCUGAGGAGGCGCUGGAGAGCAUGUGCGAAGAGCGGGCAAGGAUGCUGCAGGACCAGUUCGCCGUGAGCGUCAACCAUGUUCAUGCUCUCGCGAUCCUCGUCUCCACCUUCCACUACCGGAAGCAGCCAUCUGCCAUUGAUCAGGAGACAUUUGCCUUUUACACAGCCAAGACAGCAUUCGAGCGGCCGUUGUUGAAUGGGGUGGCAUACGCCCAGCGGGUUGUUCAUUCUGAGAGAGGAAAGUUUGAGAGUCAGCAAGGGUGGACAAUCAAGACCAUGAAACAGGAGCCAUCACCAGUGCAAGAUGAGUAUGCCCCUGUGAUAUUCUCUCAGGAGACUGUCUCCUAUAUUGAGGCCCUCGAUAUGAUGUCUGGAGAGGAGGACCGAGAAAAUAUCUUACGGGCUAGGGCUACCGGCAAGGCUGUUCUUACAAACCCAUUUAGGCUGCUUGGGUCCAACCAUCUGGGUGUGGUUCUGACAUUUCCUGUGUACCAUGCGGGUCUUCCUGCAGAUGCAACUGUAGAACAACGUGUAGAAGCAACUGCAGGAUAUCUUGGUGGCGCCUUUGAUGUUGAGUCGCUUGUGGAAAAUUUGCUGAGGCAACUUGCUGGUAAUCAAGAUAUAAUGGUGAAUGUGUAUGAUGUCACUAACAUUUCAGAGCCCUUGAUCAUGUACGGGCCCCAAAAUCCAGAUGGAUUUAUGCCACUUUCGCAUGUCAGCAUGCUUGAUUUUGGGGAUCCGUUCAGGAAGCAUCAAAUGGUGUGCAGGUACAGUCAGAAGCCUCCCAUUCCAUUGUCAGCCAUUACUACCCCAUCUGGUGUCUUUGUAAUCUGUAUGCUAGCAGGGUAUAUACUGUAUGCUGCUUGGACUCGCUAUGACAAUGUCAGGGAGGAUUGUCGAAAGAUGGAAGAGCUAAAGGUCCAAGCAGAGGCUGCAGAUGUUGCUAAAUCUCAGUUUCUUGCUACUGUUUCACAUGAGAUAAGAACACCCAUGAAUGGCGUCCUUGGAAUGCUGGACAUGCUUUUAGAUACAGAUCUGAAUUUAACUCAAAAGGAUUAUGCACAAACUGCCCAAAUAUGUGGAAAAGCAUUGAUAGCAUUGAUUAAUGAAGUGCUUGACCGGGCAAAAAUUGAAGCUGGGAAGCUAGAGAUUGAAGCAGUGCCAUUUGAACUGCGAUCCAUCCUAGAUGAUGUUCUCUCUUUAUUUUCUUCAAAGUCAAGAGAGAAGGGUAUUGAGCUUGCUGUAUUUGUAUCACAUAAAGUUCCGGAGAUUGUCACGGGUGAUCCAGGGAGAUUUAGACAGAUAAUUACAAAUCUUGUCGGAAAUUCAGUUAAAUUUACUGAACAUGGCCACAUUUUUGUUCAAGUUCAUUUGAUUGAGAAUUCAAAUAAGGUGAUGGAUGCAAAAGUUGAUACAGAUUUGAAUGGAUGUUUAAGUGAUAUGAUGGUUCCAUCUGAUGGCACAUUCAACACUUUAAGUGGUCUAGAAGCUGCUGAUAGAAGGAACAGUUGGGAAAAUUUUAAGUUGCUACUUUCCGAUGAGAUGCCCCAGUCAGACAAAUGCAAAAGUGGGAUGCCCUGCAGUAAGGAUUCUAGUAAUGUAACUCUGAUGGUAAGUGUUGAGGAUACUGGGAUUGGCAUCCCAUUGCAAGCCCAGGAUCGGGUAUUCACACCUUUUAUGCAGGCUGAUAGUUCAACAUCUAGGAAUUAUGGUGGAACUGGUAUUGGCUUGAGUAUCAGUAAAUGUCUGGUUGAACUUAUGGGUGGGCAGAUAAACUUCAUUAGCCGCCCUAAUGUUGGAAGCACAUUCACGUUUACUGCCGUUUUCCAACGAUGCAAGAAAAUUGCAGGUGGCGAUCCAAAGAGAACUCUUUCUGAGUCUUUACCUACUAAAGGAAUGAAAGCACUUCUUGUUGAUGCUCGACCGGUCAGAAGUGCUGUAACAAGAUACCAUCUACAGAGAUUAGGAAUAACUGUUGAAGUUGCAAGUACUAUCAAGAUGACACUUAAUGCAUUAUCUGAACAAAAUGGUUGUUUAAGAUCUGGAAAGCAUCCAUACAUACUGUUAAUUGAGAAAGACUCCUGGACUCCUGGAAUGGAUGUCUACUUACAUGAUCAGCUAUUGGAGUGGAAACAGUGUGGUCAGAUACCUGAAGUGCCCAAGGUCAUCCUUUUGGUGACCUCUGAAUCUGAUAAGGCAAAGGUUGGGUCUUUUGUUGAUACAGUGAUCAUGAAGCCCUUAAGAGCAAGCACAGUGGCAGCAUGCCUUCAACAUGCAUUAGGAAUGGGGAAGCAAGGGAGGAAAGAAAUGCCUAAUGGACCAGCUUUUCUUCACAGCCUACUAGCGGGAAAAAAUAUACUGGUGGUUGAUGAUAACAAAGUAAAUCUCAGAGUUGCUGCAGGUGCUCUCAAAAAGUAUGGGGCAAAGGUGGAAUGUGCUGAAAGUGGGAAAGAUGCUCUCUCCCUCCUCCAACUGCCACACAAGUUUGAUGCCUGCUUCAUGGAUGUCCAGAUGCCAGAAAUGGAUGGAUUUGAAGCAACUCGACAAAUUCGGCUAAUGGAGAGCAAAGCAAAUGAGCAAAAUAAAUGUGGAGAAGCUGACGAAGGUUCUGAAAGGGCUGAGUGGCACCUGCCAAUUCUGGCUAUGACUGCUGAUGUCAUUCAGGCAACAUAUGAGGAAUGCAUGAAGUGUGGAAUGGAUGAUUAUGUCUCCAAGCCCUUUGAAGAACAGCAACUUUAUCAGGCAGUUGCCAGGUUCUUGCUAUCCAAACCCAAUUCGGAUUUAUGAAUGUACCAUCAUAAAGACAUGCAACAUCGUGCAUGUUGCAACUUAGUAUUACUGCAACGGAAUUGAAGGGUGAUGGUGCAUCCCUACUGAUGCAUUCUGCUUAUGCCUUCCAUCUCAAUGACUGGUGAUUUAUCUUAGCAAAUUCAGUCAGACCUAACAUGAUGUUUUUCGGUUUGCAUUUUUCACCCUUGUCCGGCAGUAGCUGAGUCUCCUGAAGUUUCAGCAAAAGAUGCUUGGCAGCUUUGCACAUUAUCGACUUUGAUGAUAUACAAGGAUCUGUAGCAUAAGAAGGGCCUCAAGAUAUAUGGGGUAGGUGGAAAGGCUUCUGAUGCCUGAAAGGAUGGUGUAUACUGUAUAUUUCUCUGAUUUAUUCUUUAAGGUCUCUCUGAAGCAUGUCCCUUGUCCCUGUUUUUCUGUAUGUUUUUGACUCUCCAUAAUUUUUCCGACAUACUCGAAAAGUAUGUCAUGACAACUACACCGAUGAAGGCUUCUGAUC